UUUCCGGACUCCUGGGUAUUUUAAGGCGCAUGCCACUAGGGUCGCCUGACUCCCAUCGCGUGGUGCUCCAGUCCUUGCUUUCUCUGCCAUCUGCUUCCCUGGCGCCAUCAGCCAUGGGUCCCUGGCCCUACUCAUUGUGCGCCGUCCUGCUCCUGGUGCUCUUGGGAGUCUGCACAGUGCGCUCCGACACACCUGCCAACUGCACCUACCCUGACCUGCUUGGUUCCUGGGUCUUCCAGGUGGGCCCCCGACGUCCCCGAGGAGACGGAAACUGCUCAGAGAUGGGACCAACAGAGGAAAAGGUGGUGGUGCACCUGAAAAAGUUGGACACUGCUUAUGAUGAAGUGGGCAAUUCUGGCCACUUCACCCUCAUUUACAACCAAGGCUUCGAGAUUGUGUUGAAUGACUACAAAUGGUUUGCGUUUUUCAAGUAUGAAGUCAAAGGCAGCAAAGUCAUCAGUUACUGCCAUGAGACCAUGACUGGGUGGGUCCACGAUGUGCUGGGCCAGAACUGGGCUUGUUUUGUUGGCAAGAAGUUGGCAAGUCCCUUUGAGAAGGUGAACACGAACACGGUACAGCUUGGAAGUCUCCAGGAAAAGCUCUACAGUUACAAUCACGACUUUGUGAAGGCCAUCAAUACUGUUCAGAAGUCUUGGACUGCAACCACAUAUGAGGAAUAUGAGAAAUUGAGCCUAAGAGAUCUGAUUAAGAGAAGUGGUGGCCACAGCCAAAGGAUUCCAAGGCCCAAACCUGCCCCGAUGACUGAUGAAAUCCAGCAGCAGAUUUUAAACUUGCCAGAAUCUUGGGACUGGAGAAAUGUCCGUGGUAUCAAUUUUGUUAGCCCUGUUCGAAACCAAGAAUCUUGUGGCAGCUGCUACUCAUUUGCCUCUAUGAGUAUGCUAGAAUCACGAAUUCGUAUAUUAACCAACAAUUCUCAGACCCCAAUCCUGAGUCCUCAGGAGGUUGUAUCCUGUAGCCCAUACGCCCAAGGUUGUGAUGGUGGGUUCCCAUACCUCAUUGCAGGAAAAUAUGCCCAAGAUUUUGGGGUGGUGGAAGAAAACUGCUUCCCCUACACAGCCACAGAUGCUCCCUGCAAACUUUUAAAAGAGAACUGCCUCCGCUACUAUUCUUCCAACUACUACUAUGUGGGUGGUUUCUACGGUGGCUGCAAUGAAGCCCUGAUGAAACUUGAGCUGGUCCAGCACGGGCCCAUAGCAGUUGCUUUUGAAGUCCAUGACGACUUCCUGCACUACCACAAUGGAAUCUACCACCACACUGGGCUGAGAGACCCUUUCAACCCUUUUGAGCUGACAAAUCAUGCUGUUCUGCUUGUGGGCUAUGGAAUAGAGCCGGCCACUGGGAUGGAAUACUGGACUGUAAAGAACAGCUGGGGCACUAACUGGGGUGAGAGUGGCUACUUCCGGAUCCGCAGAGGAACAGAUGAGUGUGCCAUUGAGAGUAUAGCAGUGGCAGCUACACCGAUUCCUAAACUGUAGGGCACAGCUUCCAGUGUUCCAUACUGGUCUUCGUCAUUGUUAGAGUGCUUUAGUCAUAGGAUUAAGACAUUUAAACAGCAAUUUCAGAAGCUUACCACUAGGUUUCCAUGAAAACUUGUGCCUUUGAAUUUAAAACUAUCCUUGAAUUUUUUUCAUAUCCUCCCCAUUAACCACUGAACUUUU